GCGGUCACGUGACACCGUGAAACCCGGAAGCUGCGGCGGUUGGGCUCGUGCCUCCUCCGUGUUGUUGUGGAAGCGAAAUGAAAACAAGCAGAAGUGACACUUGAGAUGCUCUCGAGGCGACGUUUUCAGGAAUAAACCAGUGAAACCGAUGUGUCGGGACGCGCUGCUCUCUGGCUCGGUCGCUCAUCGGAUAAUGCGGCACUACGGCUACAAAAUCUGCGUUUUGCUGUUGGGUUUGUACUUGUGCGGAUGUUUUUCACAUGUGUCCGCCUGCGACAAUGAGCCAGAGACUCCAGACUGGAGGAUGACUCUGAAAACUAUCCGUAAUGGAAUACACAAAAUUGAUACGUACCUGAACGCAGCACUGGACCUGUUUGGGGGCGAUGACGGACUGUGUCAUUACAGAUGUAGUGAUGGGUACAAGCCAAUUCCUCGUCCCGGAUACAAGCAGCCACCACCCAACGGAUGUGGCUCCCCACUGUUUGGGUUUCAGUUUGAUAUAGGUAUCCCAUCCAUGACCAAAUGUUGUAACCAACAUGACCGCUGCUAUGACACCUGCGGCCGCGAGAAACACGAGUGUGACGACCAGUUCCAGGACUGUCUGGAGACCAUCUGCAGGAAUGUGCAAAGGACUCUGGGAUUGGCUCAGAGCGUUCAAGCAUGUGAGUCAGCAGUGACUCUGCUUUUCGACGCUGUUAUGCACUUGGGAUGUAAGCCAUAUCUGGACAGUCAGCGAGACUCCUGUGUGUGUCAAUAUGAAAUGAAGAGGGAGCUGUAACACCACCACUGGACUCAGGCUGAGGAUCUGACUCCAACAGAAACUCAACGCUGAAUAAACGCUGCCAGCAAUAAACUUUUCUUUUCAGACUUGUAGGUUUUUCUCAGGGAUAGAGCUUCUUUAUCUGGCACUAAUCUUUGUCCUUUGUCCUUUUUGUUAGUGUUUUAAAAUAUACGUGUUUGUACAUUGAAUGGGAAAGUGGACAAUGAAUAUAUAUCUUGUGUAAUUGAUUAUUUAUAUGCCAUUAAUUGUAUUUAAUGUGAAUUUUCCCUGAUGGUGCUUGAUUUGGGACUUGGGAAAGAUCCAGUCUUUAAAACAACACUUUAUUUUAUUUGUAUGUUAAAUCUUUAUAAUCUCCUAGUAAGUUUCCAGUUAAAAAAACAAAACACUACUGACUCUGUUUAGCUUGUACAUGUUUAACUGAUUUACACUAAUUUAUUAAAAGUAGAGCAACCUGAAGUUGUUUUUUUAAAUCGAUUUCUACAUAGCCAAGAAUACAAUUCAUCGCAUAUUAGGAAUAAUAUUUGCAGCAAUAAAUUAUUAAUAAAUAUACAUUUACUUGAUUGUAGAUGGAGCUGUUUGUCUCAGAUGAAAUAGAACCUGAAUGAACUAAAUUGUCUGAUGUUCUUAGAAUGUAAAGCUGCCAUUUCUCCCAUUUCCCUUAGAGGAACGUGUGAUUAUUAUGUCAACAUUGUGUGUUUCUGUUGCAUAAAAUGUAGGUUUCCGUUUAUAAAAUGUGGAGCAGAACACAUUGGUUUACACUCAUGUAGAAAACAUCCGAUAACUUGUCAGUCACAAUAAAGCUUUUGUUGACAUUU